AUGGCUGAACAGGAAGAAGACUUUAGCUCUUUGCCUCUACCAGAUAGAUUCGCUCACAAGAAUUGGAAAGUUAGAAAAAGUGGUUAUGAAGAUGCAACAAAACAGUUCGAGAAGUCACCAGAUGAAUCGGACCCCGUGUUUCGACCGUUCUUACAAGAUCCGGGAUUAUGGAAGGGGGCCGUUGCAGAUGCAAACGUAGCUGCGCAACAGGAAGGCCUGAAUGCGUACUGCGCCUUUCUAAAAUAUUCUGGUGUUCAGGGAUGCACAAGGACUCGGGGAACCACAAUUCCCGCUAUUACUGAAAAGGGAUUACCGUCGACUCGCCCUGCAGCUAAAGCCAGCGCAUUAGAGGCUAUACUGCUCUGUAUUGAACUUGAUAGGCCGGAUUCAGUCGUCGAAGAUCUCAUCCCCGCCCUCUCCCACAAGUUACCUAAGGUAAUCGCACCAACUCUCGCCGCAUUGACAGCCGUAUUUCACAACUACGGUUGCAAGAUCGUCGACUCAAAGCCAGUUUUGAAAGCCCUACCAAAGGUUUUUGCUCAUGCAGAUAAGAAUGUUCGAGCAGAGGCGCAAAAUUUAACCGUGGAACUCUACAGAUGGCUCAAAGACGCUAUGAAACCGUUGUUCUGGGGGGAUUUAAAACCAGUGCAACAACAAGAUUUAGAAAAGCUGUUCGAAGCUGUUAAGCAGGAACCUUCACCGAAACAGGAACGAUUUACACGAGCACAGCAAGAAGUGAUGGCAGCAGCGAGCAGCCAACCAGGUGAUGGGGAUGGGGAUGCAGGUGCGGGAGAUGGAGGAGAAGACGAAAUGGAGGCAGAAGUUGAUGUGUUUGAUCUUGCAGAGCCAGUUGACGUGUUGGCUCAGGCGCCCAAGGAUCUCCACGAGAAGCUAGCGUCGUCGAAAUGGAAGGACCGUAAAGAAGCGCUCGAUGCCCUCUUCGCCGCUGCGAACGUUCCCAGGAUCAAGGACGGGCAAUUUGACGAAAUAAUACGUGCGCUGGCGAAAUGCAUGAAGGAUGCGAACGUCGCUGUUGUGACUGUCGCUGCUAACACUAUAGAAGCUCUUGCUAAGGGAUUACGCAAAAGUUUCGCCAAGUACAAGCCUGCUAUUCUAGCACCUAUCCUGGAACGCCUGAAAGAGAAAAAACAAUCAGUUGCGGAUGCCCUUGGUCUUGCAUUGGAUGCAGUCUUCGCUUCAACUAGCCUUUCAGAUUGUCUUGAAGAAAUAAUAGAGUUCUUAAAACACAAAAACCCACAAGUCAAGCAGGAGACCUUGAAGUUUUUGAUCCGCUGCCUCAGAACAACAAGGGAUGUUCCGUCAAAGCCAGAAACCAAGUCGAUAGCGGAUGCCUCUACAAGGCUACUGACGGAAUCUAGCGAAGCCACUCGGUCCGGUGGUGCUGAGAUCCUGGGAACUUUGAUGAAGAUCAUAGGCGAAAGGGCAAUGAGUCCCUACCUAGAUGGCCUGGACGACAUCCGAAAAUCAAAAAUAAAGGAAUUCUUCGAUACAGCAGAGGUUAAAGCCAAGGAGCGCCCAAAACCCAUCGAGCAGGAGCAAAGAAACCCAUUGCCAAGAGACCCGCGGGGCGCAGUCAAGAAACCGGUUCCCGCUGCGGCUCCCGUAGAAGAACCCGCCCCAGUGCCAACUACAGCGAAAAAGGCAAUUCCUUCAAAACUUGGCCUUCCCAAGGCCGGAGGCAUGACAACACCUGGAUCUGGGCUUAAACUUCGAAGAAAGCUCGCGGGGCCCGGGGGUGCACCUGCAUCUCCGCGAAGAGUUGUCUCACCACCUUUUGAAGAAAAUCCCUCCCCUGCUGCUGCUGCUGCCGCCGCCGCCGCUCCGACUCCAGGACCUAAGUUUGGCAUGGGUAAUCGGGGCCUUGCGGGCCGUUCACUUGGACGAACAGCACCUGCAAGUUCCGAGUCUGCACCAUCAUACGCCCCCCCGGUGUCAGUAAGCGCCGGCAUGUCUGCGAUCGAACGCGCUGAAUUGGAAGAACUCCGCUUAGAAAAGGAGCGGUAUUCGCGGAUGGUAGAGAAUCUACAAUCCGAGCGAACGAAACUUAUGUCCGAGAUCAACGAGCUCCAAAAUCAAAAUGCACAGCUUAUAGAAGACCACACGAGAGAUGUGUUGAGUAUCAAAGCCAAGGAGACACAGCUGGUUCGAGCACGUAGCGACGCAGAGGCGGCGGAGCAGAAUGUGCAGAAACAGCAGAGGGAAAUCGACAGGUUGAAGAGGGAAUUGUCUCCGCGCUGUGCGGGCCAGCGCUUCAAGUCCGCCAGCUUCUACUACUCUUCCAGAUAUGGGCCUGAAUAUGGGAAUUGGAGAUGGCGUAAUAUGAACGGCCCGCCCUCGCGGUCCGGUCUACAUUUCGGCUCCCGCUUCGACAGCGCACGACCUAAGAGUUACAUGUCUGCCAGCCCCAGUGAGGAAAAGGAGAACACUAACGGUCUCGAAUCGCCUGGUCUAAGUGGUGGUGGGUAUGCGGGACGCAGAAAACUUAGCCCCCCUAUUGGUUCAUCGUAUACGUCUGGCAGGACUAGUCCGGCGAGGAUGUCUGCUGGUGGGCGGACAGGGUCGAGCGGAGAUGGGUUAACGACUGCGUCCGCGUCGAUAUCGCAAGGCGAGCCGGCUGAGAAUUGGAAGAGGGCCGCGGAGGUUACGAGUCAGUUGAAGGCGAGGAUUGAGCAGAUGAAGGCACGGCAAGGACUUUCUCGACCGGCGCCAACAUAG